AAGUACUGUCCUUUAACUUGAAGCAGGAAGAAUGGGAACAAUGAGGGUGGGAUGUGAACCUUGUUGACCGGAACUACCCUCCUAGGCUGUUACUUGACAAUCAUCUCUGAACGGGAAUCUUAUCAUCCAUUCUCCCUUUCAUUCUUCAGGGUAGAUUUCCUGGCCUAGACAGCUUGCUUACAUAAUGAACCCGAGAAUGUGUGCGUCUAUGAGCAAGUAUGAGAAAGAUAAAGGAAGAAAGGAGAAGGCCAUUCUGGUCCCUAGCAGGAGGACCUGGCUUAUGCCUAGCAUUCAUGGAGAGGAGCAGGAGCGACUUCGCUUGGAGAGGGAGCGGGAACAGGAGCAGAAGAAGGCCAGGCUGGCACAUGCCCUGCCCGUGGAAGAACCCCGAAUUGAGGCACCACCUCUUCCCCUGUCUCCCCCAGCACCACCACCAGCACCUCCACCCCCACUUGCCCCCCCCACCCCACUGACUGUCAUUCCCCUUCCUGUAGUGACCAACCCCCCCCAGCCACUGCCCCCACCCCCACCGCUGCCUCCUGCAGCUCAGCCUCUGCCCCUGGCACCUCGGCAACCAGCCCUAGUCAGCACCCCUGGACUCAGCAUUAAGGAGCCUGCCCCACUGCCUCCCAGGCCUCAGGUGCCCACCCCUGCACCCCUUCUGCACGACUCAAAGACCACCGUCGUUCCCACUGGCAGCCCCAAGCCUCUGCAACCCCUUCCUACACCCAUCUUGACCAUAGCACCACACCCAGGAGUCCAGCCUCAGCUGGCCCCCCAGCAGCCACCCCCACCCUCGCUUGGGACCCUGAAGUUGGCACCAGCUGAAGAAGUCAAAUCCAGCGAACAGAAGAAGAGGCCUGGGGGGAUCGGAACCAGAGAAGUCCACAACAAAUUGGAGAAAAACAGGAGGGCCCAUCUGAAGGAAUGCUUUGAGACCCUGAAGCGCAAUAUCCCCAACGUCGAUGACAAGAAGACCUCGAAUCUGAGCGUCCUGCGGACCGCGCUGCGGUACAUCCAGUCCCUGAAGAGGAAGGAGAAGGAAUAUGAGCACGAGAUGGAGCGUCUCGCACGGGAGAAGAUUGCCACCCAGCAGCGGCUGGCAGAGCUCAAGCAUGAGCUGAGUCAGUGGAUGGAUGUGCUAGAGAUUGACCGUGUGCUCCGGCAGACGGGCCAGCCUGAGGAUGACCAGGCUUCAACCUCAACAGCCUCUGAAGGUGAGGACAACAUAGACGAGGAUAUGGAGGAGGACCGGGCAGGUCUGGGCCCACCUAAGCUGAGCCAUCAUCCCCAGCCGGAGCUGCUGAAGUCUGCCCUGCCUGCCCACAGCACCGCCCCGACGCCUCUGCCUCCCCACCCACACCCGCACCCAGUGGCACUGUCUACUGCCCAUCUGCCUGUGCAGCAGCAGCCGCCACAGCAGAAGACCCCUCUGCAAGCUCCUCCUCCCCCACCAGCCACCCCUGCCCAGACGCUGGUACCAGCUCCUGCUCAUCUGGUGGCCACAGCUGGGGGUGGCUCCACGGUCAUUGCCCACACGGCUACCACCCAUGCUUCAGUCAUCCAGACUGUGAACCAUGUUCUGCAGGGGCCGGGUGGCAAGCACAUCGCCCACAUUGCCCCCUCGGCCCCCAGCCCUGCUGUGCAGCUGGCACCUGCCACACCCCCUAUUGGCCACAUCACAGUGCACCCUGCCACCCUCAACCACGUGGCCCACCUCGGCUCCCAGCUGCCCCUGUACCCGCAGCCCGUGGCAGUGAGCCAGCCCGUGGCGGUGAGCCACAUUGCCCACACCCUCUCACACCAGCAAGUGAAUGGCACAGCCGGGCUGGGGCCCCCGGCCACCGUCAUGGCGAAGCCAGCUGUGGGGGCCCAGGUGGUGCACCACCCCCAGCUAGUGGGCCAGACAGUGCUCAACCCUGUGACGAUGGUCACUAUGCCUUCCUUCCCGGUCAGCACGCUCAAGCUGGCUUGAGGAUGAGGCCACUCAGAGGCCCCCAGUGGGGACAGAGAGGGGGACCUCUCCCCCACUCUCCCACCCACCAGCUCCACACAUUCCAGCC